CGAGAUUAAAACAAAGUGGGAGUUGAAGAGUGAGAGCUCAAGCAAUGCCAAGAGCGGGGCCGUAUAAUCGGCAGCAUGGGAAGCAAGUCGGAGGAGGAAGUGUCAAGGCCAAGAUUGUCAAGCUACUCCUCGUCGUCGUUGUCCUCUUGAUCUGCACCGUUUCCUUGCUCUUUACCUCCUCCUCCACCAAUGGCGCUGCUUCUGGAUCUGCCUACCGCUCUCAGAUCAAUGUGGAGGAACUUUGGAGAAGUGCCGACUCUGGAGGCUGGAGACCAUCAUCGGACCCGCGAUCGGAUUGGCCUCCUCCACCAAGUGAGACUAAUGGCUACAUACGUGUGCGCUGUAAUGGGGGUCUAAAUCAGCAACGUACUGCGAUCUGUAAUGCGGUUCUCGCUGCAAGAAUAAUGAAUGCUACCCUUGUGCUCCCCGAAUUGGAUGCAAACUCAUUUUGGCAUGAUGACAGUGGUUUUCGGGGAAUCUAUGAUGUUGAGCAUUUUAUCAGGUCAUUAAGGUUUGAUGUUAAAAUUGUCGAAAAGAUACCUGAAACUCACAAAAAUGGGAAGACCAAGCAGAUUAAAGCUGUACAGCUUCGACCACCUAGAGAUGCUCCUAUCAGUUGGUACACAACAGAAGCUCUUCAAAAAAUGAAGGAGCAUGGGGCUAUCUAUCUAACUCCCUUUUCACAUCGUUUGGCUGAAGAAAUUGACAAUGCCGAGUACCAACGGCUGCGGUGCAGGGUUAACUAUCAUGCUCUGAUAUUUAAGCCAAAUAUUAUGAAGUUGAGUCAAUCAAUAGUUGAUAAGCUCCGUGCACAAGGUCACUUCAUGUCUAUACAUCUUCGUUUUGAGAUGGAUAUGCUGGCAUUUGCUGGGUGCUUUGAUAUCUUUAACCCAAAAGAGCAAGAAAUUUUGAAGAAGUAUCGAAAAGAAAAUUUUGCACCAAAGAAGCUCGUGUAUAAGGAAAGGAGAGCAAUUGGAAAAUGCCCAUUAACUCCAGAAGAGGUUGGUCUCAUUUUACGUGCAAUGGAAUUUGACAAUUCUACCACGAUAUACCUAGCUGCUGGUGAGCUAUUUGGUGGGGAGAGAUUCAUGAAACCAUUCCGUACUUUGUUCCCUCACCUUGAGAACCACAGUUCUGUGGAGCACUCAGAUGAGAUACCAGAGAACACCCAGGGAUUAUUAGGGUCUGCAGUGGAUUACAUGGUUUGUCUCCUCUCUGAUAUUUUUAUGCCGACAUAUGAUGGACCGAGCAACUUUGCCAAUAAUCUCCUUGGGCACCGCCUCUAUUAUGGAUUCCGUACCACAAUUAGACCUGAUAGAAAAUCCCUUGCUCCAAUCUUCAUUGAUCGAGAGAAAGGGAAAAAAGCAGGUUUUGAAGAAGCUGUUAGGCAAGUGAUGCUACAAACAAACCUCGGGGGCCCUCACAAGCGCAUCCCACCCGAGUCUUUCUAUACAAAUUCUUGGCCAGAAUGCUUCUGUCAAACAUCUCCAAAGAAUCCGGCAGAUAAAUGUCCACCAGAUAAUGUCUUGGAAAUUCUGACCAGCCAGUUAAGUCAAGAGAACGACGAUGCGGAAACAAAUUCAACAUCUGUGACGGAUAGAUGAUACAACAGCUUCAGGAUUUGUAGUUGCUUAUAGCUCCUUCCCCAUACUAUUGAUUAAUGACCCCUGUGCCUGAACGGUAACGAUGGGUUUCCACAAUUAUGCCCUGCCUUUCAGGUGAUCAUUAUACUAGUGCAUUGGCCAAUAGAGUUUGAUGUUCAUCUAGAUAAAAAAGCAAGGGUGUUUUUUAGGAAAGUCCUGAUUUCCUGGUUUCACCCUUUUGGUAAUUUUAAACAGGCUACUGUCAUGGGCAUUUGGAGGCAGGUUCAGUUUAUCUCUAGUUUUUCAUCAUUUUAAUUUACAGUAUUGAGAAAGAGAAGGGCGAGUUAGACGAUGAUGAUCGAAGACUAGAGGACACUAU